GCGACAGGACAAGCUGCUAAAUCAGCCAGGACAGUUGUCAUCGCUGGUGUUCCAGAUGGCCUUCUGCACAAUGAUGUCAUGACUGACAUACUGACGAUUCAUUUCCAAAUGUCAAAGAACAACGGUGGAGAUGUGGAGGACGUAACGUAUCCCACAGACAAAAAAGGAGUUGCGUAUGUAACUUUUGAAGAUCAAAAAGUUGUAGAGAGUGUUCUAAAGAAGAAUGAACAUCGACUGGAGGACAAAAGGUUGUCCAGAUACUACCCACUGAAAGUAACCCGCUACUGUGAAGAUGUCUUCAGCUCUGUCACAUCUGUCCUCAAUAUGUCUAUUUUCAAAGAACAAUUUGUUUUAGAAGAUCUGAUACAAGAAAUUAGAAGGAGCACAGAUUUGAGCUUUGGUCCUUUGCAAUCCAAUGGGCAUAUUUCUGUUCAAGGGUCAUUUCCGGAUAUCAAAUUGCUAAGAGACUUUCUCUUAUUAAAAGAAAAAUCCCUUUCAGAGAAGGACAAAAGAGAAAAAGGUACGUCCCACCAGAGACCAAGGAGGAGGCAACAGCAGCACAGACUUACCACAGAGAUGAGUAAUUUUGUUCAUGGUGCAGAAAAACAGGUGGUUGUUCUUGACACAGAUGUGUAUCGCUACAUGAAGUCCUUUUUUCCCAAGACAUUUCUAGUAAAUGAUGACACUGUGAUUUCUGACAUCACUGAUGGUGAUGUAACUACACUUUAUAUUGAGAAUGCUGGAAGUAGGUCUGAUGUUGGACGGGUAUUAAGAAUCAAAGAGAAAAUUGAAAAUUGGUCUAUAAAACUCCAUAAAACUCUACGUAAGGAGAGGAUCGACUUCAAGGGACACACCAGAAAUGAAAAGGAGAGAUACAGGAGGGCAUGUGAAAGCGUGAAACCCCAUUACCCUCAUGUUUUGAUCAUCUCUUAUGAUACUCAUAUUGAUGUUAUAGGGUAUUCUUCUGAGGUUUUUGAAUUUACAAAGGAAGUGAGCAAUAAGAUUCAGAGCCUGUUUCGCAGCAGAUAG